AAGACACAAUAGUCUGACUGACUGGAUUAGUUAGUGUUUCCCGUCUGAUUACGAUGAUACAAAAUUCAACAGAGUUCUGUGGACUAUGAGCAAGAAGAAUGGAAGAAGACGUGUGCUAUUCAACGGUCACCUUUAAUAAACAUGAGGUACCACAAUCAAAGGAGUCUGUAUUGUAUGCAGAGGUGACAAGAAAGACAACUUCUUCACAGACAACUUCUGAGUCACCAGAAAAGGAAGUGGUCGUCCCAAUCUCUCCAUUUUACAGACAAGCCACAGUGUGUCUGGUGUUGCUCUGUUUCCUCCUGCUAUCAGCAUUAACAGCUAUCUGCAUUUUCAACUACAUUAAUAUGUCGCAUUACAACACAGUUCUGGUCCAGUUUACUAAAGAGAGAGCAACUAACCAGGAGUUACUGGCAGACAAGGCUGUACUAAACAACAUCCUGAACUUCAUUUCCAAGCAAAGCACUUUUCAAGUGAGAAAGUACUGUCAGUACACUGGGAAUGGGGUCCAGUGUAAACCCUGUCUUCAAAACUGGAUUCAAAAUGGCUCCAACUGUUACUACUUCCACUUAGGAGACGAUAAUACUUGGAAAACUUGGAAUGAUAGUGAAAUAUUCUGCCAGAGUUUUGGAGCUCAUCUGGCCACAAUAGACAAUGUGGAGGAACAGGAAUUCAUCAAUGAGCACAUUCGGUACUAUUUUGACAAGUAUCACGGGUACUGGAUUGGACUUCAUGAAAAAUCUGAAAAUCCAAAGACUUGGGUUUGGACCAGUGGCGCCAAGCUUGAAGGAGGUUUCUGGAUUGAUUCUCCCUCACAUUCUAAUCAAGAUUGUGUCCUGUCAAUGGUAAACAGCCUCACUUUGAAAAGCUGGCAUGCAGAGAGGUGUCUCAUGCUGAACAGAUGGAUCUGCAAAAUCACAGUUUUAACAUGGCCAAACUUUCUUCAAGCCCAUAAACCAUAGCAAC